AUGUUCGCCGCCAACAAACCAGCAGGGCUCACGCUCAACACUCCGAGCAGUGGUGGGGGUCUCUUCGGCAACACGCAGAGCUCAACCACAGCCCAGCAGCCAGCCAGCGGUGGCCUUUUUGGUGGCGGCGCAAACACCCAGUCCCAACAGCAGCCGGCCAGCGGCGGCCUCUUUGGCAACACGGCUAGCAAUCAGCAAACGCAGCAGCAGGGCUCAACAGGUGGCGGUGGUCUCUUUGGUGGAUCUACUCUCGGUCAACCCCAGCAGCAGCAGCAGCAGCAGUCGACUGGUGGAGGAUUAUUUGGUGCCUCGACGACUCAAAACAACCAACAGCAGGCUGGAGGUGGAUUGUUCGGUGCCUCGACGGCACUGAACACUCAGCAGCAGCAGCAGCAACAACCGCAGCAGCAGAGUGGUGGUCUUUUCAGUUCUACAACCCAGCAAAAGCCGGCCGGGCUCUUCGGGGGCUCCACCGCUGCUCCCGCCCAGCAGUCGACCGGCGCCGGCCUCACGAUGGGCCAGUCGACGAACCAGGGCGCCAUUUCAGGUGUGCGCAUCGACUCGCAACGUCAAGGGCACGACCAAAUUGAGACGUGCGACAACAUUAUCCAACAGUACAUGAGCCAGGCCGGCCAGAUUAAGUCGUUCAUGACGGCUCACGAAGGCGACCUGGCGCGCCUGACCCACGAUGUCGAGUGGCUGACGCGCAAAUUCGACGGCGUCAAGACGACCCUCGAAGACGACGUCAAGAUGACAGCGCAGCUCAAGGAGGUGGUCAAGUCCGACGCCGACAUUGCCAAGGCCGCUUUUGCCGGCGCCGAGCAGCUCAAGCUGCCUGCUCACUACCACACGACCUGGCUGACGGCGAACAAGCCGGCCGCCAAAUCCAAGGACAAGGAAGAGGAGCCCGCUCUCGAGGACUGCAUCACGCUCUUCUCGAACGAGGCCGACCGUCUCAACCAGAUGCACCAGUUCCAGGUCCAGAAGGUUAAGGAGAUGGAGCAGCACAUGCCCGGUGUCGAGAACGGUCUCUACGAGCGGAUGCGCGCCCUGCGCGACGGAGCGCCUCACUUUGCCGGCUUUGGGUUCGCCGUCGAGCUCCUCGAUACGGUCAAGGCGCUGGGCGACGAGAUUGUCCGCGCGGCUGGCCUGAUCGUUGAGUCGCGUGAGAAGUUGACGGAACUUCAGCUGCGCACGGUGCCUUCGCGCAAGUGA